AUGACAGAUUCAGAUUCCGACUCUCCGCCACCUUCUUCAUCUUCAGGCUCAUCCAUGGAAUCGGACCUUUUGCCGCAUGAAAAGAUUUUGAGCGGUGAAACAUGGCAGCAGUGCGUUCGCAGAUGCAACUAUAAAAGGUGUUCGAUGAAAGAAGCUCACGAGUAUCUUCUAGAGCAGAUCGGACUGAAAAAAGAACAAGAUGAACAAGAGGCUGGUUCUGCGGAUCUUAUAAUUGCCCAAAUCCGAUCAUCAUUCGAUCGCCCACUUCCUCCACCAUUGAGAAAUCAUCAAUUCAAACCAGAAAAUCAGGGAUUAAUUGAACAAGAGCGGGUGGAAUAUUCACCAGAGAUUUAUGAUCCAAUCCCUAUGCCUGAGCGGGACCCGAACUUGGAUAUUCAAAUGGAAGAUAUUCAAAAAGUGUAUGUCAAAAAUGCUCUCGAUACAUUGGAAGAUAUAAAACCGGAUGAUGAGGCUUGCUACUACGUGGACUUAUUGUACGCCAGAAAGGCCAGCGUAGAAUGUCGAGAUGCGGCUGAUAAACUAGAAAAUUUGAAACUUGAGAAAUUGAAACUUGUGAUUGGUUUUGAAAAAAUUCAACUACAAAUUUCCCGAAAGUUGGACGAAGAUUAUGAAACAACUAUCACAUAUGGAAGAAGUGAAGAGGGUUUACAUCUGAUGGAGUUUGAGAACACAUUCUUCCAAGAUGGGACUCAUUACAAGAUUAUGGCAGCUGUCGACUUCUUCUUCUUCCUCAGAAUCCCUGGACAAUUCCUUAAUCAGAUCUCCAUCGAAUUCGAGGAGUACCGAUCUGAACAACAACCUCCUCAAUUCAUAGAUAUGUCGAUUCUCGGUGUCAUCGCUAAACUGUUCAAGGAAAGACUUGGCGAUCGUAAGAUCCUUGUGAGAAAUUUCAAGUAUAUGUUCAACAGGGGAGAUGAUUAUCUUGAACCAAAAAAGAGCUACUUCCAUGAAUUUCUACAAGUUCUGUGGCCCCAAAAACUUCGUCAUCUUGUACUUCGAAUGUGGGAUGAUAAAGAAGUUCUUGCAAGUGGAUCCUACGACCCAGUGAUUCUAAAUUGGCCUCGAUAUUCAGUGGCGUCAAGUUUGGAACAAUGGAGAGAUGCAAGAACUCUUGAUAUUUGUGACCCACUUAUGUGCAAGUACUGGAUAAGUCUUCUUGAAAUCCGCAAUAUCAAAGUGCUGUCGAUGACGGCUGCAGACUUGAAGAAGGCUCAAAGUGUUUCGAGAAAUUACACAAUAACUCUCACAGAGCCAUUGAGAAUUGAAGAUGUGAAAGAGGCAUUCAAGGGUGCUUCGGAACAUUCGACAAGGAUCCCGAAUCUCCUGAAUUUGGUUUUCCAUUGA